CCAUAUAUUUCUUUAAUUAAUGCUAUCGAAAUAUUUUCUUCGCUUAUUUGACUCCCAGAUGGCUGUAGUGUUUGAGUAGCUGUAGUGAAUGAUUAAUUUUUACAUGAUUUAAUUCUUGAACAACAUCUUUAUUUAAAAAAUUGCACAAAUAUGGACUCCGCUAAAGAUGACGAGGAUUUUUGGAACAGCAGCGAGAAACGAUUCUUUUCUUUUGGGAACAAUGAGGUGGACCAGUUAUUGGGUGUCAAGAUUAACAACUCAAUGUCAGAAAGAUCAUUAAAGGAUACGAAUGAUUAUCGGUCAUUGAAACCUGUAUUGUCUGUGAUAUCGGUUAAAACACUUUCUUGCAUUUUGGCAAAAGACAAUUUACAGAAUCCUCAAUCUGAAACAACCAAUCAACAGUCAAACAAGUCACAAAAAUUUAAAUCUGAAACACCUAUUGAGCAACCAGACCAUACAGUUAAAAAAAUUUUACUUGGUCAAUCGUUUUCAUUGGAACCUUAUAAAUCACUUGCUAGUAAAACUGCAUUGUUAGAUGCAGCUAUUUCAAGUGGAGAUGGAAAUGCAAUUUUAAUAAUCAUUCUGUUUCUGACGAAAAGUCUUAAAAGAUCUUUGGUCGAUAGAAUAUUGGCAGAAAGGCCAGAUGCUGUAAAUGUAUAUAUUCGAUAUUUAUCCACAAGAUUACAAGUAAAUGAGAUUACAGACAUUUUAACCAUGCUAGGACAGUCAGUGGAUGCUGCUAUGAAAACAUUACAUAUUAUUAUAAAAAAUACUUCCGAUCCUAAUAAACUGGUAAACAAACUUAGAAAUAUCUAUAAAACUCAGUUUUCAACCCUAAUUGACUGUAGAGAAGCUUCAUUUGUCCAGUCCUACAUUAAGUUACUGGAAUGGCAAAUCACAGUAAAAAAGCUAGAUGGAAAUGAAGACUUAGAAGUAAAUGCAUCUGUUCUUGAAAGUUUAAGGCAUGUUUAUAAAGACCACAGAAGUUUGCCAGAAGGUACUUUAAUGUCUCCCCAAAUAUUGUCCCAAGUACAUGAUAUAUCUCCCAGACAAUAUCAAAAAGUUGCAUUGGAAGUUAAAGCAUCAGCUGGUGAAUGGGAUGAUGUGGAUGAACUCUUCUUAACGAAGGGUUGGCUGAAAAGUAAAAAAUUUCAACUAUACUUACCAAUCGAAGAUGUAUUAAAAAUAUUGCAUAAAAACAAUGCAUCUCUUCAUAUUCUUGAAAAAUAUUUAAAAUAUGUCGAUAAUAUAGAAAAAAGACUAGAACUAGCUAAAAACAUGCAUUGCUAUAAAGCAGCAAUCAAUAUAUUUGUACAGCAAGGAGAUCGAGCCGGAUUAAUAGAAUACACGACUAAAUUACAGCCACAGUCAGCGGAAUAUUUCUAUGCUGAAAGUGUACUGUAUUUGCCAACAGCUAAAUGGAAAAAUUAAACGUCAUGAAUUUUUUUUAGGAAGUUAUAACAUCAAGUUUCUGUAUCAUAUCUUUAGUAUAUGUAUGAGUGAAUUACUUUUUUAUUAUAAAAAUUUAAAAAAUAUUCGUUAAAUCUAAUAAAAAUUGUAAUAAAUUUCGUUUGAAAACUUUUUUGAAACCGUUUGUAAAAAAAUGAUUAAUUUUUUAUGUUCAAAAGUCUCUUUGUAUUCAAACACUACUAUAUUAAAAUACUUAUACGUUAA